UUGAUCCGCGCCGUAUUUUUGGGUAAAUACGAUCACGUGGGGGUCGAAGAGCCAAUAGGAUGCGGGGAAAAGGCUGGAAAAAUAAUUACCUGCCUUGAUUGUUCUGUGAGCAGAUAAAAAGUACAUAUACAGUUCAUACAAUAAUCUUAUGUAUGUAAAACCCUCUAACGAUGUCGGCGACGGGACCCAUCAGUAACUAUUACGUGGACUCCCUGAUCAGCCACGAGAAUGAAGAUCUCCUAGCGUCCAGGUUCCCUGCCACUGGGGCUCACCCCGCAGCCGCCAGACCCACCGGCUUGGUCCCGGACUGUAGCGAUUUUCCGUCCUGUAGCUUUGCCCCCAAGCCGGCAGUGUUCACCACGUCCUGGGCUCCGGUCCACUCCCAGUCGUCUGUCGUCUACCACCCCUACACCCACCAGCCCCACCUUGGAGCGGACACGCGGUAUAUGCGGACUUGGCUGGAGCCCCUGUCCGGGGCCGUCUCCUUCCCCAGCUUUCCAGCUGGGGGCCGCCACUACGCCCUCAAACCCGACGCCUAUCCGGGCCGCCGGGCGGACUGUGGCCCGGGGGACGGCCGGAGUUACCCAGACUACAUGUAUGGCUCUCCCGGGGAGCUUCGGGACCGGACCCCGCAGGCUCUCCCCUCCCCGGAGUCGGACGCGCUGGCCAGCAGCAAGCACAAAGAGGAGAAGACAGAACUGGACCCGAGUAACCCAGUGGCAAAUUGGAUCCAUGCUCGCUCUACAAGGAAGAAGCGGUGUCCCUACACCAAAUACCAGACACUGGAACUGGAGAAGGAGUUUCUGUUCAAUAUGUAUUUAACCAGGGACCGUCGGUACGAGGUGGCCCGGGUCCUCAACCUCACCGAGCGCCAAGUCAAAAUCUGGUUUCAAAACCGGAGGAUGAAGAUGAAAAAGAUGAACAAGGAGAAAACCGACAAGGAGCAAUCCUAAGAGCCAGCGACCCUGCUGCAGCCGAAGACCGCGGCACCGCCACCAAAAAACAACAACAACAACAAAAACCACACACACAAAAAAUACCCCAACCGGGGCAGGAGUGAGAUCGAGAGAGCAAGCAAUCGAGGAAGGGAGAGAACGAGCGAGAAAGCGAGCCAAAAAAAAAUAAAUAAAUAAAAUGCGGACCACCUUAUAAAAAAAGAAAGAAAGAAUGAAAGAAAGAAAGAAAGAAAGAACGAAAGAAAAAUGUGAUUUGGGGGAAUUUCAGUGUUGAAAAUUUGGUGUUUAGAGUUAGUUCGCCCAAGCGACGAGGUGGCGGGGAGGAGGGGAACCGUGUUCUCUCCUCCAGCUCAACGGCAUAGCUCAUACACACAUACACACACACAACAUGUGAUUUUCUUCCUCCUUUCUUCAGAGAAGCCAGUACUUGAAUCUCUAUAUCUCUAUUAUUAUUAUUAUUAUUAUUAA